CUGACGAAUCCAACAAUGGCGAUUUCGACUUUAACACUCACAACAUCUAUCCAUACACGUUCCUUCAGACCCACCAUCUCUUCUUCUUCAUCGUCAUUCUCGUGUCUCUGUUCUUCUCUUCUCCCAAUUGACUGCCAGCAGAAACAGAGGAGCUUCACCGCCGGGAGAAGAACGUUCGGAGUGGGUUUAGGCAUUUUAGCCGCCACGAUUCUCUCUCUGACGCCUCUGGAUGCAGACACGCCACGAGGAUUAGAGUACUACGCCACUGUUGGAGACCCUCUCUGCGAAUACAGCUACGCAAAAUCAGGGCUUGGAUUCUGCGAUAUCGCUGUUGGGUUCGCGGACAAAGCUCCUCGUGGCGUACUUGUAAAUUGUAAUACAAUCCGUCUCUCUGUUCACUAUACGGCGAGGUUUGCAGACGGAACGUUGUUUGACAGUACCUAUAAGCGGGCAAGACCACUUACUAUGCGGAUUGGUGUCGGCAAGGUUAUAAGGGGUCUAGACCAAGUUCUUGGAGGCGAAGGAGUACCUCCUAUGCGAGUAGGGGGGAAGCGUAAGCUUCAGAUUCCACCUAAGUUAGCUUAUGGACCUGAGCCUGCAGGGUGCUUUUCUGGUGACUGUAACAUACCUGGCAAUGCAACUUUGCUCUAUGAUAUUAAUUUUGUUGAGAUCUACCCCGGAAGUAACACAAGAUGAAGCUCUAAUUUCGUUCUGUAAAGGAAGAAAAAAAACUGUGUAUAUGAUAUAUAUCACCAGAUUCUGAAUCAUCUGUAAACAUUGACAUUUUCCAACUUAAACCCAAUGAGUAGCUUGCUUUUGAAGAACAAGACAUUUCCUCUGUGUAAAAUAUGGUUGAGUUAUGACCUCGGUAAAUCAUGUAAGGUGGAGAAGCGCGUGUUAGGUUAGAUUCAGUCUAGGUCAUUUGAUGCAGCCUGUGUCACCAAGAUGUAAAGAGUCUGGAAUAAAGUUGCGAUGUGAUUGUUCAUCGGCGUCAUGCAUGUCUCUA